GCGCGGCACCUAAUCUGAACAUGUAAGGAUCAACAAAAACAAUCUAAAGCAAUGAAUAAUGAAGGGCAUGCUCCGUAUGUCCCUUGACCUAUCCUUCAACCCCAAAAACAAGGGAGCUAAUCAAACAUUCCGUAGUAAGGUAUUAUUAAGGACACGUUUAUUGAUAUCCUUCAUAUGCACUGAAAUUGAAAAAUAAAGGGUACUGACCAACAAUUUAAAUUAAGUGUGGAUUUCGCCUGCCGUUUAUGACAAGAACGUUUGGCCUGCAGACAGCUAGACGUCGUCGUUUUACUGAUGUUGUGGCGCCAGACCGGUGAAGCUACGAAAUAGUCAGCAAAGAAAUGGCCGUUCCUGCUGUCCCGACCCUGCAGCUGAACAACACAGUAAGUCAAAACUCCGCUGAACGUAACAUCCAUAUUGACGAAAGAGAAUUGGAGAACAUCACGAACAACGAUGGAAACGGCACCCUCCCAUUACAUUCUCCGUGGACUUUUUGGCUUGAUAGAUCUUUACCAGGAACAACCGCAGCAGAAUGUGAAUCAGGUCUGAAAAAAAUCUACACUGUGCAAACAGUUCAGAGCUUUUGGAGCGUGUACAACAAUAUACCUGGAGUUUCCAGUUUACCACUGAGAUGUAGCUAUCACUUAAUGAGAGGAGAGAGAAGACCACUCUGGGAAGAAGAGAGUAAUGCAAAGGGGGGAGUUUGGAAAAUGAAAGUACCCAAAGAAAGCACUCCUGCUGUAUGGAAGGAGUUACUGUUAGCCACUAUUGGGGAGCAAUUCACUGAUUACUGUGCUUCAGAGGAUGAGGUGGUUGGUGUUAGUGUCAGCAUACGAGACAGAGAAGAUGUUGUCCAAAUCUGGAAUGGAAUUGCCUCGUUUGCUAAUGAAGCAAACGUCCUAGGACGGAUCUAUGAACUUCUUCCACAGAUAACUUUUAAGGCAGUAUUUUAUAAGCCACAUGAGGAGCAUCAUGCCUUUGAAGGAGGUCGCCCAAGACAUUAGCACGCUUUGCACAUUUUACACUUUGUUGUUUUUGGUCUUCGAAAUGGACUGAAUUGUCCCCUAAUCUGAGCUCUACUGUCUUUUGUAAAUGUGUUAUACAAUUACUUCAGUUUGGGCAGACAGAAAAUAUAAUAGCUGGGGCUUCAUUUUAGGAUGACUGAUAGACAUGUACUUUAGUGUUGUUGUUUUUUUAUACAAAGAUAUUUAGCUAAAACUGAAGAGGACAAUAGUUGAUCAUGUAUACAUAUUUGUUUUUACCAGAUUUGAUCUCAACAGUGCAAUUUUACCAGAGCCUUUUAUUUGUUAUCACGGGUUCCAGAUCUCACAAUAUAUUUUCAGUAUGCAAGGGAUUUACAUUGUUACCUUAUUCUAGAAUGAAUGAAGAGUCUUUUCCUCAAGACAGUAAUAUUCAUAUGGUUUUAUGCAAAAAUGUUGCACAUUCUCAAUGUUUUUUUGUUUGGUAGUUUUUGUUGUUUUUUGGUGUUAGGGGAAAGAAAGCUGUUAACUGUUACUUGUUGUUGGAUUUGUAAAGUGACACCAACUUUUGUACAAAAACAAAAUCAGAAAAUGUUACUAGAAAAAAAAUAUAUGCAGUAGUUUACCCAGAGUGUUUUUGUAAUAGCGGUGGAUCAUGGACAAACACACUCAAUAUUGUUUUUUUCUGAAAUGCACAAGCCUUUUUCAUUUUUACUAUAAUUAACAGGAUCUCUAUCACUGUUUCUUCAGUUCACUGAGGCUAAUUUCUAAGUUGUGCGUGCACAUGUUUAUUAUAAGCUCCGCGAAAGUGAUUUGAUCAAGAAAUAUUACAUUUAUAUCAUGAAUAUUAUUCUCAUUAAAGUCCUACAAACUUUAAAAUAAACCCUUCUUAAAAUAAAUAAAAAUGUAUGCUGUAUGAACCGUGCUUUGAGUUGAAUGAGUACAUCUCUUUACCAAAAACCUUUCUUAACCUUCAGUGGUGUGAGAGUGCAUAUUCCCUGCCAAGCAUUUAUGUUUUGUAACCUUGUAAUUGUUAUCAGAUGCCAUCUCUGUAGUUGAUCAAUGUCCUUCCCUGUGACUCAGGUCAUCCAUGUUCAAACACCAAGAUUGAUUAGUCUCCUAGAGAGAAACUAAUAAUAUUACACACUGUAUAGCUGGGUAUUGUUGCUGUUUUUAAUGAAAGUAUUUGUUUUAGUAAGAUGGAGAUCUCAACUGAGUCUUUGGAAUGGUGCCUUGUGUUCCCCUAGGGUUUCGUUCUUGAAUGUUGUUUAUUUUCAACAUAUUGAACCAGUCAAAAUGUAAAAUAUUUUUGCUGAUUUUGAUAUAUGAAAAAAUAAAAAUGCAAAACAUGUA